GCAGUCACGCCGGCGCCGGGCGCGGAUAAGGGGCAGGCGGCCGAGCGGAGCGUGCAGCGGGCCAAUCACAGCGCAGCCUGCCAUCGCGCCACCCAGCGGCCGGCCAAUGGGGAGGCUGCAGCCUCUAUAAAAGCAGGCGCUGCUGGGGCGUCAGCUGUAGGCGAUCUGCAGCAGCCGCGGGUUCAGUACUUUAGCUACGCCUCGGCCAAGGCACGCACCGAGCAGACCGCGCUCAAGUCGACCGGCGGCAAGGCGCCCCGCAAGCAGUUGGCUACUAAGGUGGCUCGCCAAAGCGCGCGGGCCGCCGGCGGCGUCAAGAAGCCGCACCGCCACCGGCCCCGCACUGUGGUCCUCCGCGAGAUCCGGCGCUCCCCGAAGUCCACCGAGCUGCUGAUCCGCAAGCUGCCGUUCCAGCGGCUGGUGCGCGAGAUCGCGCAGGACUUCAAGACCGACCUGCGCUUCCAGAGCUCGGCCGUGAUGGCCCUGCAGGAGGCGUGCGAGGCCUGCCUGCUGGGGCUCUUCGAGGACACCAGGCUGUGCGCCAUCCACGCCAAGCGCGUCCCCAUCAUGCCCAAGGACAUCCAGCUGGCGAAGAGCAUCCCCUGCCACGCUGAAAGAAAAGGAGGGGCCGUAGGGAUUCUCGCAAUCCCGAGAGGAAACAAGAGUCCUGGCCCGGAGCCCCGGACGGGCAUCGCGGAGGGGAGGGCACAGCAGGUGUAUUCGGCAAGAUUCCUGGGGGGUUGGUGCUCCCGCGGGGGUGGGGGACGCAGGGAGCUGGGGCUGCUCUGUGGCUGGGGGGCUGCUCCAAGGACGGAGCCUUCAGACGCCGGUGAGCGCUUAAGACGCCUGCGUGGUGUGGUCACUGAGCCCGGCCAAGGCCUCUUCACAAGCUUAUCAGAUUUGGCAGGCUGCUGUGGGGGUCUGUUGGCCUUGCUGCCGCCCAAGACAAGCCUGGAGGGUUUCAGGCCAGCAGACGACUCCUGA